AUGCCCGAUUUUGUGGUCCCAAAACGAAUAGAGCAAGGAGACACCGAAUCGCAGUUCUCUCAUACAUUGAGCGGAUUAUUUAAUUUUUUCAAUAUCGAACAGUCAAAGCAAUCGAAACGGGUGAACCUGGACAAGGAGAAGUCCAAGUCAGGAUUUCAAGUGGGAGGUGCUAGCGGUCCCAAGGUCCACAGCAACCUUGCUCGAGCUAAUUCACUGGCUUUCUAUCACAACACCAAGGCAACGGUGACUCGAGAUGAGCCGACAGUGAAUUAUGUGAACAUUGGCCGGCAUAGUGUAUCAAAGCCGAUUCUGGAUCGAGAGCGAGGAGGAUCGGAUAGAGAGCGAUUGUACGCCGCGUCGAGAAAAGCAAGCCGAUUUGAGCCUGCUGUGACAACGGCGUACGAAAACUACGAGAACAAGGACAGCAUCAUCCAAAAUCGACUGGCUAAUGUUCUGCACCGUAAGAGCCUACCCAACUAUAUCAACGCUCAGUCAGCUCAUCUUAGAAAAGACGAGAAGCAGUUCACCAUGCGCUCGCCAAGCCAUGGAUAUCGAAGGAAAUCCGAACUGGCACUGGUACACGCCAUGGAUAAGCCAUCAACAAGCAAGGGUCGGUCUGUUGGAGACCUGAAGACAGCACGAUUGGAGGAAUCCCGAUAUGAAAACUGGAGAAAGGCGAAAAAGUUCAUCUCGUCUUUCAAGCCAAAAUCUCAAUCGGACCUGAACCAACGGAACAAAAUGGUAUAUUUUGAGACAUUUCCCAUUUGUUAUUUUUUUUCUGAAACAUGCCGUCAAUGUAGCUUCCCUUGGGGACGGGGGACGCGCAUUUCAUAUUUCAACCACGCAAAAUUGUCGCGCCGCUUGGCGCGCGCGGCAGAGCAGGGUUGCAGAAAUACGUGUCUCCUGUGA